UCAGGCAUUUCAGUAACUGUCAGCAUACUCACACUAACUGCCAUGAGUAUUGAACGCUACCUCGCGAUAAAACAUCCAAUGAGGGCACGCCGAAUAUCCAAAGUUAAUCUCAUUCGUAAAGUCAUUGUUGUCAUUUGGAUCCUUGCGCUUGUGAUUACGUCACCGAUACUCUAUGUAAAAGAGGUGCUGCGCCACCAAGUGUUCACUGUUGAUGUAUUUACGUGUACAGAAGUAUGGCCUAACGGUGAGAUAUCACGCAUGGCAUAUAGUAUGGUACUCCUGAUGUUUAUGUACGUCCUUCCUGCUGGUUUAAUAUUUACUGCAUAUACCCUGAUUGGCCGACGUCUGUGUACUGAAGAGAAGAGACUCACUCGAUCGGCAACCAGCUUACCCUAUAACCAAAAAUGCAGAAAUCAGCGAAAUUACGUCACGUCUGUGCUCAAAGGAAGACGAAAAAUCGCCCGGAUGUUGCUUGUUGUGGCCUUUCUAUUUGUCAUAUGUUGGCUUCCAUACAAUGUGCUGACGGUGUGGAGAGAUUUCCAUAUUGGAAAACCAAGUGAUUCCGACGUUAAAAUUGUCAUCUCAAUAAUGCCGUUUGCAUCCUUACUCGGACAUGCCAACAGUGCGUUUAAUCCAAUCGUGUACUCAUUUCUGCAUAAAAGUUUCCGAAAGCAUUUCAAAACAGCAUUCCAGUGUGGAGUAUCACGUGGACCACCGUCUAACCACUACCUUCCCAAUAGAAUGCGACCCUCAAUCAGCCGUAGCACUAGCACUAGCCAAAGUACCCGAUGGUCGCAGGUCAGCUGGUCGCGCAGUAUGGCUGCCUUGAGGGAGCGUGUUAAUUCCAGGCGGUCUGGAGGCAGGGUGUUAAACACUAGAAAAACGUCAUUUAAAUCUAUGUGUACCAAUAGCACUCAUAGUAAUGGAUUGCAUCAAAGCUACGUGCUUCAGUACAAUUCAAGACAAAUGCGUCGAAAGAGACAAAUAAUCAUUAUGCAGCGACCUCUCGCGCUUGCAUCAACCAUCACCGAAGAAAGUUCUAACUGCCAAUCAAGUGUAUCAAGAAGAAGUUCAAAUGCUCAUUCAUAUGCCAUGAAUAAAUUACAUGUAUUAAAAGAGGAGACAAAUCAGGAGAAUGACACCUCUCCAAGUACCUGCAUCAGGAUGCUUUUGCGAACGGAAAGUGCCCCAGCCUGCUACGACGAAGUUCCUGAAUUACAAGUCAACGGUGAACCCAGAAUGGAGGAAGAUGACAACCAGAUCAUUGGGAGCGACGACGACACUGAUGACAUCUACUGUCAUGCUGAAAAUAUGACACGUCAGAAUGCUAAUUUGCAUCAUUUAACAUUGGAAGAUAAUGUUAUAGAAGAAGAUGAGACUUCGUUUUCGGGUGACCUUGACUUAGGUCCAGCUGUGAUUACCUUGAAUCGAUCGCCGAGAGUUCCUGUCAGGACAAUUAUCUACAAGGCAUCAAGUGUAUAA